UGUCUCGACGAACUUCGUAGGACUGCACCCCAGGUCGACGAACUCAAAGCCGAGUUGGUGAAUCGAGUACAAGAAGUCGAAUCUCAGCUGGUGGAAGAACAAUCCGAGCUGUUUGCAACGAGGAGGGCUGUCACGAAAGCUACCGAAGAUGAACACCUACUGCAAGCCGCCGAGGAAGAGCUGACGAAAGAGCUCGCCGCCCUUCAUCAGCGUUACGACGAAGCGCAGAUGACUGUGCAGUCGCAGAAGACCGACCUCAUGGCACGCCAGCGAGAGGAGCGUUGCAGAUUUCAUAAUCCACUGCUCAUCUUUGCAGGAUCGACACUCUUCACGCGUCUCUCAACGCGACGAGCGGAAGAGCGCCUAGAGGACAACAAAGUAUUAUACCGCUCUGCUCGAGAGGAUGCCAUCAAGCUGCAGGACGAAAUCGACAAGCUCCAAGAAUCGGCAGCGCGGCAACACGAAAGCCUGGUGAAAAGCGCUUCUGAUGAAAGAGAGAAACUACAAGACCUGCUCAAAUCCAACUCGAACUCGCUUACUACCGCACAAGCCGAGGUUGCUCGUGUCAAGGCUGAAAAUGCGAGAUUAGAGGCACAGCUACACGAUGACCCCGAGAAGCUGGAAAUGAAGUCUCGGAUCCAAGAGUUAGAGGAUACGUCGAUUAAGGCAAGAAACGCCAGUACAAUCAAGAUCCAAGCACUCGAAGGAAAGCUCAGUGUCUCCGAGGCGACGAUCAAGGAACUUCGUUCAUCAGGGGAUUUGCAUGCUCAGCAACUAAGCACGGCACAUACGCAGAAGGAAAAUCUGGUGGAAGAGAUCAGAAAACUCACUUUACAGCUGGAAGCGUCCCAGAAGGCUGAGCUGAACAACAUGACGGUUAUAACAAACCUUCAGCAGAGCAACGAAAAUCUAGUUGCCCUCCAAGAACAAGAGCGUGAGAGAGCUCAAGCGGCUCAAUUGGCGCAUCAGGCUUCAAAGUUCGAUCUACAGACAACCCUCAAGGACCGGGAUGAGCGCAUUCGACUGUUCAAGGAAGAAAACACCAAGCUCAUCCAGGCCGAUCAAGCUCCUGCAGAAGAUAUCAAAAGCACGAGAGGCAUUGCAUCAGAGAUUGCGAAAGCGCAAGAAAGCGUUGCCAGCCACAAUAUUGCUCAAGAGGUUGAGAACACGACGAAAGAACUCCAAAUGCAGAUCAAGGCGCUCACAGAACGCAACUCUUUUCUCAAGGAGCAAGCAGCCACGAUGGUUCAGCGUCACAAAGAUGGUCGACUGAACGCUGAGGAGGCCGCACUCGUCAAAGAGGUGAUCCAGUCGACCUUGCAGAUCGGCGAGAGGGACUCGAUUCAGAAGGCAAAUGAUAUCAAACGACGUGAUGUUAUCAUUCAGACGCUGCAAGCGAGGGUACAAGAUCUCGAGAAGCAGCUCGCGACACAACUGGACAAGCGAUCUGCAGGUCAAUUGAUGACCACCAAAGACAUCUGGAGCUCCUCGCCUCUUACCCAGCCGGACGACGGUAUAAACAAGACGGAUCAACAACGAUCGAAACAACCCAUUGAUGCAACGACAUCGACUACUGUGCAUGUGCACAAGCACGUUACAACUGAUACUCGCCAAGAUCAAGGCACUUUCUCUCACCUGAACCGGGAAUCCUCUGAAGAACAUGACGCUGAUGAGAUUCGUCCAUUCUCUGACCCGAUUUCAACCACCAAGAAGAGGAAUAUCUCCCAAGAUAUUGUUGAAGCAGUGAUGAACGAGGACGGAUAUCCGAAGUCUCCUGAACGGCGCCUUUCAAGGUCUCCUAUACGACGUGCGUUGAAGAGAGGGCGCGAGAGUGCAAGUUUCGACGCAGACGCUGGAACGACGGCUGAUACCAGUGGGACGGCCAAUGUGCGGGCAACGAGGAAACAAAAGAAAUCUCUUGGUGCUCAAGAGGGGGAGAACGAUACUGGGGGAUCGAGUAUUCUCACAGGAGUCGGACUCAGAAGGGGCAACAGAAAUGCGGGUAACGGCGGUGAGGCGGCAUCGAACGCGGUAGCAGUAGCAAGGUAUAAAGCGGCUCAGCGCGGUAAACUUCGUCGUUGA